AUGGUCAAGAUUAAUCAAAUAACACCUAAUCUUUCCGAAACUCAAGAAACUCAAGAAACUCAAAAUAUUCCUUCAUCAUUAUUCGAAACUCAAGAAACUAAUCAUGAACCCUACCAAUUCUUUAGCUCUAUCAAAUUUUGUAUCAUUCUACUACUUUCCCUGCUCGUUAUAUCAAGUAUUCUCGUCCUGUCACUUGUCUGGAUGAGUUCUUUACUUCCGAAUGCCAUCAAAGGAACGAUUGGUCAAAGGGAAGCUCAAUUUUCUGAUAUAGUUUCGUCUGUUACCAAGUCAGUGGUCGAAGCAACGAUUUCCUUGGAUGUAAUGAAAGGACAAUUGUUAUAUUUAUUAGAUUUUCAAAAUUCGAAACAAAUCGAACAAGUCACUUAUCAAUCAUUCUUAUCUGAAUGGAAAAUGAGAAAGGAAUUUGUGGUUACGGUGUAUAUAGGAGAGCCUAGUGGAAAUGCUUUGGGAAUUUUCUAUUCUGGCACGUCAGUCAAUUGGUUAAACAUGUCAUUGGUAGCUCAGUAUUUUUAUGAAUGUGAUUCUGAUUUGGAAAAAUAUCCGUAUUGUAAAAGGAGAUUGGAUAAUCAACCUACAAGUGUAAUACCUGCUGUCGAUCUGUCAGAUUUAACUGACAGCUGUAAUGCCAAUCCAAAUCAAUUAGUUUUUUCGAGAAGUUAUGUAGAUGUCACAACGCCAAACAUUGACACGUUCUUUACCUUGUUAUAUUGCUAUUCCUUUAACAAAUCGAAGGAUAAUUCAUUUGAUUAUUAUCUGGGAUUUGACAUGACUGUCAGUGGAUUUUCUGACAUUUUAAUUUCCAAAAUUGGAUCAAUUGAUGGAUCGAGGAGUUUUAUUUUUGAAACUGAUAAGCAAUAUUUCGUAGCUGAAAUUAAUUCUGACAGCUCUGUCAAGAGAAAUACUAUUUUUACAAUCAAAGAUGACAAGAUUAAUCAGUUAUCUCAUAGAAUUUUGGAAGAAACUCGAAAUAACUUUAAAAGUUUACCCUGCAACAAUGCAAUCACAAUCGAACAUUUGGACGAUUUCGUUUACAUUAAUCGAUUCUGUGCCGAAACUGGAGUGGAUUGGAUUUUUGUACUUUCAAUACCUCAAUGGAACUUUAUUGGAUCUUUGGUAAUUGGAUUAAUAGUUUCAAUCAUUGGAACUUGUUUAAUAAUUUGCAUUGCAGUUUCACUUUCCAUUUUUGUUUCUGUAAAAAUUGUAAAACCAUUCCACAAUUUAAUUGAACAAUUUCAGGCAGUUUCGAGAAUGGAUAUGGAAAGUUUGGAUAUUAAAACGAGUAAAUUCUCAGAGGUGAGAACAUUACAAAAGCAAUUCGUUCAAAUGACGAAUCAGAUUCGUCUGUUUCGUUCGUUUAUUCCACAACACUUGUUGAAUCAAGUGGAAAAGAUGGAAAUUAUGAAGAAAUCAAGAGAUUUGAAAGUAAGCGCUGAACACGACUCAGUGGCUGUCAAUCCUUCACUUAUGGACUCGAUGAGGACAUCAAUCAGAAGCACUGUUAAUUUAUUUAAAGGACAGCUGACAUCAAAGCAAUUAUUUUCGUUAUAUUUGGAUAAGAAACAUGUAACUAUUGUUUGUGUAUUGAUAGAUGAGUUCUCAGAGCUGAUAUCUCAAAUGCCUCCUUCAGAAAGUAUCCAUUUAUUGACAGAUAUUUUCGACCAAUUGACAUGUGUCACUAAAAUUCAAGGUGGCUUGUUAGGACAUUUUGAAAAUGAUUCAAUUUCCAUCACUUUUAACACAGCAGCUAACCACCCUAAACACCAGGAGAAGGGAGUUCAAGCAGCCAGGUCAAUUAUUGAAAAACUAAAAAUUACUCGAGAUAAGAAAUGGUUAAUGGCUUCCAACAAGUUAAUUAGAAAUGAUAGCUUCAAGAAUCUAAUAGAAAAUAUCAGAUUUAGAGUAGCUGUUACUACGCAGGAAGUGCUGUGUGGAAAUAUAGGAACCAAUGAUGUGAAAAAUUUCACUCUCAUCACCAAUGCUCGUUGGAGUCUUUCAAAAAUGUUACAAUUGACCAAAUAUUAUAAUUUAGAAAUUCUAAUUAGCAGUGAAGUGCACAAAGCAGUUGAGAUAUUAUAUCAUACAAGAUUCAUUGCUGAAAUUCAAUCAUUGAUGGUUGAUGAGUAUAGCUCUCUAUUGCCACACAGCUCUGAAUUAUUGGAAAACGAUUUGACAUUGAAAUUCGAACAGAAAGUAUACGAAUUGGGUGAUUCUACGCAACAUGCAGCAGAUGAAUGGUUAUAUGAAUUGAGAGAACAGGAAAGGAAGCAAAAAUGGAAGAUUUAUAAUGAGGCAUGCUCUCUAUUCUUUAAAAAUGAUAUCGAGAAGGCUCUUACAUUAUUCGAAACUUUUAAAAGGGAUAAUCCUGAAGAUAUAGUUGUGAAACAAAUGGUAUCUCAUUGUAAAGAGAUAUUGGGAAUCUAUUAGAGAAGAGAAUCAGUAAAAAUAUCUCUCCAUUCUGAAUCAAAUUCUUCCUGAGGUGUUGUUGUCAUUUGCUUUGGCAUUUGUUGAUUCAAUUCAUUGAGGUAGGUCAGUACAGAUGACAAAACAGGAUCUUGUUGGUCUGGGAACUGAUCGCCCUGACUUAUCCAUGAUUGGCAAUGAUUAUCCAAAGUAAUUGCUAAAUUUCUUCGCUGUCUAUGUCUUUCCAACAUUUCCUCCAUUUCUUUCAUCAUUCCACUGCAUUCAUUGCGAACACGUACGUAUUUCUUGGUAUGAAUUUUCAUUGCUUUGAGAUUCUUUUCCAAAAUUGAAAAAUAGUCAACAUUCAAUCCCUUUCCGUUGGAUGUUUUCAAUGUUGCAUUAUUCGUUCUCUUUCCUUCUUCAAUAUCUUUACAAAUAUCCAAAUGGAAUCGUGAGGCAGUCUUGAUACUAAUUGAAACAUCUCCAUUAGCAUAUGUG